UAAAACCCUAAAGAGAUGACGAAAAAUUGCUUAAUUGUAAAGUCUGAUUCUACUUUCUAGACAUUUGAUACCGAACGCCUCUCUAUUAUAACAUGCUAGAUCUCUACGAAUCAACUACUUUUAGGGACUAACAAAACCCAAUAUUUAGGAUAUUCACAUCAUAUUGCAGCAACCUUCAAACUUCGUUUCCACUAUUAUGGAGGACGCAUACGCAAGAUCUGUUUCGGAGGUCCUUGAAUUCUUUGGUGUGGAUCCAACAAAAGGCCUUACAGAUUUUCAGGUUGCUGAACAUGGUCGAAUAUAUGGUAGAAAUGUGUUGCCGCAAGAGGAAAGCACCCCCUUCUGGAAAUUGGUUUUGAAGCAAUUCAAUGACUUGCUGGUCAAGAUAUUGAUUGCAGCUGCAAUUGUCUCUCUUUUACUGGCUUUAGUUAAUGGGGACACUGGUAUAACAGCAUUCCUGGAGCCUUCUGUCAUCUUAUUGAUAUUAGCUGCUAAUGCAGCAGUGGGAGUCAUUACAGAAACAAAUGCAGAAAAAGCUCUUGAGGAGUUACGUGCUUAUCAAGCUGAUAUUGCAACUGUGCAACGAAACGGUUGCUUCUCGAUACUUCCAGCUACAGAUCUUGUCCCUGGGGAUAUUGUAGAAGUUAGUGUGGGUUGCAAAGUUCCAGCUGAUAUGAGAAUGAUCGAGUCAUUGACCGACCAUUUGCGUGUUGAUCAAGCAAUACUUACAGGUGAGAGCUGCUCUGUGGAAAAAGAUUUAGAUUCCACUGUGGCAAUAAAUGCUGUCUACCAAGACAAGAAAAACACCCUCUUUUCGGGAACAAUUGUAGUUGCUGGUAGAGCUAGAGCUGUUGUUGUGGGAGUUGGUUCUAAUACUGCAAUGGGCAGCAUCCGUGAUUCUAUGUUGCAGACAGAAAAUGAGGCAACACCACUGAAAAAGAAGCUGGAUGAGUUUGGUACUUUCUUGGCCAAGGUUAUUGCAGGCAUUUGCAUCUUGGUAUGGGUUGUAAACAUUGGCCAUUUUCGUGAUCCAGCCCAUGGUGGUUUCUUGCAAGGUGCUAUACACUACUUUAAGAUUGCAGUUGCUCUUGCAGUGGCAGCUAUUCCCGAAGGUCUUCCUGCUGUGGUUACCACGUGUUUAGCUCUUGGUACAAAAAGAAUGGCACGACUUAAUGCUAUUGUUAGGUCUCUGCCAUCAGUAGAGACACUGGGAUGCACAACUGUUAUUUGCAGUGAUAAGACUGGUACAUUGACAACUAAUAUGAUGUCUGUGUCCAAGGUCUGUGUUCUUCAUUCUUCUCAUCAUGGUCCUGUUACCACUGAAUACAGUGUGAGUGGGACAACAUUUGCACCUGAAGGUUUCUUAUUUGACAAUAGUGGACAGCAGCUUGAGUUUCCAGCGCAAUUGCCUUGUCUUCUCCAUGUAGCAAUGUGUUCAGCUCUCUGCAAUGACUCUCGCCUACAGUAUGAUCCAGACAAAGGAAGCUAUGGAAAAAUUGGUGAGUCAACUGAAGUAGCUCUUCGUGUGUUGGUGGAAAAGGUUGGUCUUCCUGGAUUCGAUUCUAUGCCUUCGUCUUUAAAUAUGUUGAGCAAGCACGAUAGAGCUUCUUACUGUAAUAGCUACUGGGAGAACCAAUUUAAGAAGGUGUUCGUUUUGGAAUUUUCUCGGGAUCGCAAGAUAAUGAGUGUCCUCUGUAGCCGAAAACAAAUGGAAGUUAUGUUCUCUAAAGGUGCACCAGAGAGCAUUUUAUCCAAAUGUACUAGCAUCCUCUGCAAUGAUAAUGAUUCCACUAUUCCUCUUACUGCAACUAUUCGAUCUGAGCUGGAGGCAAAGCUCCAAAGUUUGGCAGGAGAGGAAACUUUAAGAUGUUUGGCUCUGGCUUUAAAAAGGAUGCCAGUGGGUCAGCAGACUUUGUCCUUUGCUGAUGAAAGCAACCUGACAUUUAUUGGCUUGGUUGGAAUGCGUGAUCCUCCUCGUGAAGAAGUUAAAAGUGCCAUACUUUCGUGCUUGAAUGCUGGGAUACGCGUGAUUGUUGUCACAGGAGAUAAUAAGUCCACUGCAGAAUCAUUAUGUCAAAAAAUAGGUAUUUUUGAUCAGUUGGGAGACUUUAGUGGCUAUUCUUAUACAGCUUCGGAAUUUGAAGAACUUCCAGCAUUACAAAAGUCAGUUGCAUUACAACGCAUGGCAUUAUUUACAAGGGUUGAGCCUUCUCACAAAAGGAUGUUGGUUGAAGCAUUGCAACACCAAAAUGAAGUGGUUGCAAUGACCGGAGAUGGAGUAAAUGAUGCACCUGCACUAAAGAAAGCAGAUAUUGGAAUUGCCAUGGGGUCAGGAACUGCUGUUGCCAAGAGUGCCUCGGAUAUGGUUUUGGCAGAUGACAAUUUUGCUACAAUAGUUGCAGCCAUUGCAGAGGGAAGAGCUAUAUAUAACAACACAAAGCAGUUCAUUCGAUACAUGAUCUCCUCAAAUAUUGGUGAAGUCGUUUGUAUCUUUGUAGCAGCUGUACUUGGAAUUCCUGAUACACUUGCUCCUGUACAAUUACUUUGGGUUAAUCUAGUUACUGAUGGGUUGCCUGCUACUGCUAUUGGAUUUAACAAGCAAGAUUGCGAUGUGAUGAAGGCUAAGCCUCGCAAGAUAGACGAAGCUGUUGUAUCUGGUUGGCUUUUCUUUCGCUACCUUGUUGUUGGAGCUUAUGUUGGACUUGCCACUGUUGCGGGAUUUGUAUGGUGGUUUGUUUAUGCUGACAAUGGGCCUAAACUACCAUAUGUGGAAUUAAUGAAUUUUGACACCUGUCAUACAAGGGAAACAACAUACCCUUGCAGUAUAUUCAGUGAUCGGCAUCCAUCAACAGUGGCAAUGACUGUGCUUGUUGUCGUGGAGAUGUUCAAUGCACUAAAUAAUCUUAGUGAAAACCAAUCCCUUAUUGUUAUUCCUCCAUGGAGUAAUUUGUGGCUUGUUGGUUCAAUUGUCCUGACUAUGCUUCUCCACAUACUGGUCUUGUAUGUUCGACCACUUUCUAUUCUUUUCUCAGUUACUCCGCUGUCUUGGGUUGAGUGGAAAGCAGUACUUUAUCUAUCAUUUCCUGUGAUAAUUAUUGACGAGAUAUUGAAGUUCUUCUCGAGACAUACUUUCGGUGCGGGAUUCUUUUAUAGAUUUAGGAGGCACGACUUACUUCCCAGGAGAGAACAACGCGAUAAGUGACAAAAAGAGAGUCUAUCUACUCUAACCAUAUUCUUCUGGUUUUGACUUAUCUUUCAUUAUACUCACCAUCACUUGUCAUCAUCAAGCAUGCAAUUCAACCCAUUUCAAUUUUCAACAGAGCUAAGCACGAAGAUUGCUUUACCAGAAAUUCUCUUACAAGAUACCGCUGCUGCUGCGAUCCACACAAUCAUACUAUAGUUUAAAAGUUCUUUUUUGUUUCUGUUUGGAAAAGAGGUUGUUGAUCCUGCUUGUUUGUAUUUGUAUAUUUAUACAUGUAAGUCUUUCCCCUUUUGACAAGCUUUUAUUUUUGUAAUGGAAAGAGGGAGACUCAUUGUUGGUACACUAA